AUCAUAUGUUGCUCUGGGAACAAGUGGAAUGUGGUGAGUAUAAUGGAUAGGAGGAUGUAGAUGAGGAAUUGGAGGAUGAGCAGAUGGGCUAGGAGAAGUGGGGACUUGAAAAUUUUCUUGAGAAUUGGGAGUUAUCUGAUAUGUUCUUUUUUGUGGGCGAGGAGGAAAGGCCAGUCCCUACACAUAAGAUAAUUUUGCAGGCAUCUGGAAAAUUUCGCUUGUGUUCAUCUGAUGAUGAAUCUGAUGAAGAUGUCAUUCAGUUGCAGGAUGUAGCAUGUCCGAUUCUUCAUGCGCUUCUUCAAUAUAUUUCAGAGUCACAGUUAGGUUCCUUGUGGGCUCUGAGCACCCAAUUUGAGCCACAUUCUUGGGCAGUCUUUCCCUUUGGGAUCCCAAUAAAUGUGCAGAGUCUCCAACAAUUAUAUUUGACCAGCGAGUACAGUGACAUUAGCGUUUAUGUUGAGGGUUACGGUUUCAUUCCGCAAUCUCAUAAAAUUAUUCUCAGCUUAUAUAGUGUCCCUUUUGCGAAGACAUUCACAAAUGGAAUGUGUGAGAGCAACUCCUCUGAUGUUUGCUUAAGGGAUGAGUCACCAAAAGCACUCAAGGCCGUGCUUGAAUUCAUGUAUAGUGGAGGACUCCGUAUAGAAGAUACCAUGGAUUUUGGUACCUUGCUACUUCAGCUUCUGUUAUUGUCUGACAAAUAUGGAAUCACUCUCCUUCACCAGGGAUGCUGCAAAAUGCUUUUAGAGUGCCUCUCAGAGGAUUCAGUCUGUCCAAUCCCCCAAGUAGUUUCAUCAAUUCCAUCAUGUAAACUCGUUGAAGAAACAUGUGAGAGGCAAUUUGCAAUGCGCUUCAACUAUUACACAACUGCAAGCCUUGGUUUCAUCUUGUUAGAUGAAGCAACUUUUCGGAGCAUUAUUCAGGUAGUGGAUGAGCUGAUGAUGAAUUCAACCCCAGAACAUCUGUUCAAGGAGAGGGUUCAGUUGGUUAAUGACUUAUUGCCUUCUGUGCAUUUCCCAUUGUUGCCAUCUCCCUUGCUUAAGAAGUUGGAAAAUACCAACCUCAGCAGACAAAUUUCUGCUUUUGGCAAGCUUGUAAGUUUGCCUUCCUCUUCAAAAAAUAUGUAUCUUCUGGGAAAAAGAGUCUGAUAUUGAGAGGAAUUUUUCUCCCCAAAUGUUAAUGCAUUCUUCCUGUUAAUGUAACAAGUGGAGGAGGCAAUCGGUCAUGUAGACUAUGGAUUGGCAAGACCAAAGGACCACAAAUAAGUUUUUCUUCUUUUAUUUAUCUUGAUUUCUUUAAUAAAAGGUGAGAUUGAAA